CCGCCUCAGGCUGCCACGACGGCAGCAUGGCGAGAGCCGAGCUACGGGCUGCGCUUGAGCAGCGGCUCGGCGCCCUAGCCAUCCGCACGGAGGUCGUGGAGCACCCGGAGGUGUUUACAGUUGAAGAAAUGAUGCCUCACAUCCAACAUUUGAAGGGAGCACAUAGUAAGAACUUAUUUCUUAAAGACAAAAAGAAAAAAAGCUAUUGGCUGGUGACAGUUCUUCAUGAUAGACAUAUUAAUUUAAAUGAGCUUGCCAAGCAGUUAGGUGUUGGGAGUGGAAAUCUGCGGUUUGCUGAUGAAACAGCCAUGCUAGAAAAACUAAAAGUUGGCCAAGGCUGUGCCACACCCUUGGCACUCUUCUGUGAUGAUGGAGAUGUGAAAUUUGUCCUGGAUUCUGCUUUUCUGGAAGGUGGACAUGAAAAGGUAUACUUCCAUCCAAUGACCAAUGCUGCAACCAUGGGAUUGAGCCCUGAAGAUUUUCUCACAUUUGUGAAGAAGACAGGACAUGAUCCCAUAAUACUAAAUUUUGAUAAAAACAACUAAUGAUAAAAACAACUAACUGGGCUAGUGUUUAGAAUAAAUUUAUUUUUGAAAGCUA